GGCUGUUAGUGAAAUAAGUGAAAUAAGUGAAACAGCAUACCUUCGAUCGCUUAACCCUUUUUGCUGUGUCACGGGCAAGAUAAACACAGCAAAACUUAAAAAUGCAUGUAUAAAGACAAUUCAACCGUUCAGCAGUCUGUCGAUAGUAGAUACAUUCAUUCCCUUGGUUCCAACCUUUGCCAAAAUGGAGAGGAGUGCUGUGGUAGGUGGGCGGCAGUUUGUAGCGUCUGUUCUCUUAUACAGUGCGUUGCAAUCCACACGUGCUCUCGCUGACAGCGAAGUACCGUUUCAUGGAUGCGAUUAUAACCGGUAUAAUUACCUGGAGUGCAAUACCGACACCUUCAGGCUGAUGGACACGCUAAACCUUUCCAGCAUUCCGAAAUGGAUGCAAGGCGUCCGUUUCUCCGGAUCCUGUCACAAUUACAGCCAUGGUACCCAUUGUUACGGAUUACCCCCGAAUGUAACCCCAUUACCGCGCCGCCCUGGAUUCUCUACGUACGGUGUUCACUUUGCCGGAUUUAAGGCAAUGGACGGUGGCAGAAUUCCCCUCAACCGCUUUCUAAGCGAAAAUAAGGACGUCAUCAGGUUCAUAACGGUUAGCAACAGUCAUAUUGGGUAUAUUGAUCGGGAAUUAUUUGCUGGAUUUGCUGGACUUCGGAAUGUGAACCUUCGAGGAAACGACAUCCAUAGCAUCCGCGCGGAUGCCUUCGAAGGUUUGACUGACGGAAGCGAUCUUCAGCCGGUACUGGUGGCGCUUGAUCUUGGUGGUAAUCGGCUGGAGCAAUUUGACUGGAGUGCGCUGCAUUCAUUAAAAGAUUGCUUGGAGCACCUAGAUUUAAAUGAACAGACCCCUGGAUUGACGUCGAUUACCCGUAGCGGCUCGAGCACCUUUGCCACUCUUAUGCGGACGUUAGAUUUGCGAAGAAACCGGUUACAAUCCCUUCCUGACUGGCUCCUGUAUAAUGUAGGUCUUGAUAAUUCCAGUUUACGAUCUUUUGACUUUCGCUACAACGCCUUCUGCGAAAAUCCGGCUGAAGUUAUCCAUGGUUGCGGCUGCUGUGAUUUGAAAAAUUUGGUUCGCUGGGCGACGACCGUUAAAUCCAAUUUUAUCAACGAGUUUUCGCGGCCAUCCGUCUGGUUCAGCAUGAUAUGUGAAGAUAAACCAGUACAGUUUACCUAUGACGCCGUGAACAUUGCUUCGGGUUUCGCAUCAUCAAUCGCGCUGCUGGAUAACACACUGAAGCAUUGUUAACUGUAAUACUAAUAACUGAACAAUUCGUUCAUUUUUAAAUUUAUAUCAUGGCUCAUGCUCAGCUUUAAUUAAAUUGUACCUGUACUUCUACCGAUAUUUUUUGGCCAUGGCAUAAUGAGAGUGAAAGUUCUUGGAUUUUUCAGCGGAUUUAUUAUUGUUGCGCUACUGAUAACUAACAUGGUUUUUAAUAAAUAUGAAGUGGCGCCCUCGCGUCUGCAUCGCUAUUGCCCUUUAAAAGGGUGUCACUGUGAAAUUAUAU